AGGUUGGUGAGUGGAGGAACGUCACCAGUGCCCGAAGGAGGAGUGCACACCCAGGCUUUUGGCCUCUCCCAGUGCACCCAGCCCACCACGCCUUCACUCCAUGAGCUCUGUCCCGACACUUCCAGUUCCCUUUCCUAAUAGUGGGCUGCCAUUGACAGAGCCUCGGCUACAGGAAGCCUCCUGAUCCCACCCUGCAAGCUAAGGCUUCGACUGUCGAUCCCAUACUCCGGCCCAACCCCAGGUUCUGGUAGCCAUUGUCUCUGCAGAGAGAGCCAUCUCUUAAUCUGGACUCUCCAGGAAUGGGCCUCAGGGUGGAGCACAUGCCAGCUGCACAGUGCAGAAGUUGUGACCUCACUGGUCCCCAGUGAGCUAUGCUGGGCUGUCUCUGAUGACAACAAAGUGGGAAGAGUUUGAGAAACACCCUUCUGAGUUAUGAGAGAGGUAGGCUGGCCUGAGCCAGCAUGCGUGGUACAGACCCCUUGCCUGCCUCUAGCCGAGCGUGAUGACCAAGCCCCACCCCGCCUCAUCCCAGCCUCACCCGGCCUUCUUUGUCCCUCACAGGCAAUUUUUACCCAGAAAAACAAGCUGCUGCCGGAGCCGCUGGACAGCAAGCGCUGGCAGGGCUUCCAGCUGGAGGAGUAUGUCAUAGGGCGUUCCAUUGGCAAGGGCUGCAGCGCUGCUGUGUAUGAAGCCACGGUGCCCACAGGGCGGCAGGACCCGCAGGGAGCAGGGCACCACAGGCUGCUGACCUCGAGGGGCCCCGCUGUGGCACCACACGGAGAGACUGAGGCGAGCGCGCCCUUUCCCCUAGCCAUCAAGAUGAUGUGGAACAUCUCGGCGGGCUCUUCCAGCGAAGCCAUCCUGAACACAAUGAGCCAGGAGCUGGUCCCCGCGAGCCGGGCGGCCCUCUCUGGGGCUUACGGAGCAGUCCCUUACAGAAGAGCCAAAGGAGGUCCCAAGCAACUCGCCCCUCACCCCAACAUCAUCCGGGUUGUCCGCGCCUUCACCUCGUCUGUGCCACUGCUGCCCGGGGCCCUGAUCGACUACCCUGACAUGCUACCCCCACGCCUCCACCCCAGUGGCCUGGGCCACGGAAGGACACUUUUCCUCGUUAUGAAGAAUUAUCCCUGUACGCUGCGCCAGUAUCUUGGCACGGCUGCCCCGAGCCCCCGGCUCGCCACCAUGAUGACCUUGCAGCUGCUGGAAGGGGUGGACCACCUGGUUCAACAGGGCAUCGCACACAGAGACUUAAAGUCGGACAACAUCCUUGUGGAGCUGGACGCAGACGGCUGCCCGUGGCUGGUGAUCACUGACUUUGGCUGCUGCCUGGCGGACGCGAGCAUCGGCCUGCAGCUGCCCUUCACCAGCUGCUAUGUGGACCGGGGUGGAAACGGCUGCCUGAUGGCUCCUGAGGUGUCCACAGCCUGUCCUGGCCCCGGCGCAGUGAUCGACUACAGCAAGGCGGACGUCUGGGCCGUGGGGACGAUCGCCUAUGAGAUCUUCGGGCUCUCCAAUCCCUUUUACAGCCAGGGCCCGGCCCACCUGGAAAGCCGCAGUUACCAAGAGGCUCAGCUGCCGGCACUGCCCGAGUCAGUGCCUGCAGACACCAGGUGCCUGGUGAGGUCACUGCUCCAGCGAAAGGCCAGCAAGAGGCCAGCUGCCCGAGUGGCUGCCGAUGUGCUUCAUUUAAAGCUGUGGGGUGAAGACAUCUUGGCCCCGAAGAGCCUGAAAUUAGACCAGCUGGUCGGCUGGCUCCUCCAGCAGUCGGCGGCCACUCUGUUGGCCGGCCGGCUCACCGAGAAGAGUUGCGUGGAAACAAAGCUGAAGAUGUUGUUUCUGGCCCACCUGGAGUGUGAAGCACUCUGCCAAGCAGCCCUCCUCCUCCACUCGUGGAGGGCAGCCCCGUGAGGGCUGUGCACGUUGCUGUGUGAUAAAGGGUUCAGUAGCUGUG